AUGGAUAACUCACAUCUGGAUUUCGGGCUUCACAUAGAAACAGCGCGGCUUCAAGAGUUCUUGGGUCAACUCCUUCGGUCCCAAGAAACUAUUCAAAAGCGCCAGGAUGAUCUGGCAUCUGCCUUGGACGAACUGCUUAAGAGGCUUGCUAGUGGAGAAGAUGGCAUGAGAGAGCAGCAACAAGCUCUGCAAAAGCUGCAAGAUGACACUGAACGGCUAUCAGAAAGACUUGAAGCAUUGGAUAAGCUGCGGAUAGGGGAGAAGAUGGAGAGAUACGAUAAUGAUCACAAUGAUAUCAAGUCGUUUCAGUCGCAGAUAUCUCUGCUUGACACAAAAAUCAAAAGUCAAGGAGCUGCUGCGAGCAAUUUACAAGGUCGAGUGAUGGAUGUAGAAAAUAAACAGAGCAAUCUAGACGACCAGUUUAAGGAAAUGGUGCCAGAAUUCAGAUCCCUUAAGGCAAGCCAAGCGGCUGCUACUGUUCAGUGUCAAGAAACACAAGCGCGGUGCGCUGAGGUAGAGCGGCGUCAAGACGAGCUUGUCAAUUCCGUUGAGAAUAAAUAUGAAAAUCUUUGGAAGGGCGUUGAACAUUCACUCGAAGCCAUAUCGACAGCAGAGCUGCAGAAGUACCAGAGUGAUAUUGAAGCCCUCAGUGGGAAAGUGGAGAAGAGGAUGAAUGUCGUCAUCUGCAUGACGACGCUUGAAGGGAUCUAA